UCUCACAAGAUCAUCCAGGACUACGACUUACCUUUGACGAAGAUUGCGUACUCGGAGAAGCGGCCCUCGAUGCAUCGGUCGCAGAAAACCCGUCCGACGACGAGAUCAUUGUCGCCCACCGUCGCCGGAUCGUCGGUCGCGAAGCAAGAAGCCAUGAGAAGCAGCAGUAGCAGCAGCCGAAGCUCAGAGAUGUUUGCAAGCUCCAUGGAGCAAAGUAAACGAGCGAGAAAAAUAGAGAACCAAGAAAAAAAAAAAGUGGCCAGUUUUUAUAGACGCAGGCUGUUGGAGCUCGUAACUUUCGUCGUGGGCCUGGGUAACGGAACUCUUGGUUAUUUACUCCGCCAUUACCAUUACCAUAACCAUAAACAUUAUCUUUAUCGCGGAAAUUAUUCGCCGAAUAUCUUUGUGCUGACGUGGCGGGACAUAGGGUUCUAUAAGGGUCAGAGGAGUGAGUUUUUCUUCAAAGUGUGUUUGCGCCCGCCCGCGUUGACGAAAUUUCCCCAUUCUAUCGCUUUCCCGUGCCGCCUUCCAAUAGUUUAAUCGUCAGCGAGAUGGGCAAGGCGAUGAUAUUCGCCUAUCGUAGCCGUGGUACCAGCGACCCCGGGAGCAAUGUGGAUGUCUCGUCGAGGGCAAUCCAGGUAUUCUUCUUGGAUCGAAAUCUUUGUAGCCCUAGCCCUAGCGGCAGCGGCAGCGCUGGCAUUGCUGCCAGGGCUCGCGGCGGCGCUGUCGAGCGAUCUCCAGGCGCUGCUCGAGGUGAAAGCUGCGAUUAUCGACAGGAAUGGCAGCCUGGCGAGCUGGAAUGAGUCCCGGCCCUGCUCCCAGUGGAUCGGCGUGACCUGCGCCAGCGAUGGCCGAAGCCGCGACAACGAUGCUGUGCUCAACGUGACGAUCCAGGGGUUGAAUCUUGCGGGAAGCAUCUCUCCGGCGCUGGGCAGGCUCAGGAGCUUGCGCUUCCUCAACAUGUCAUACAAUUGGCUCGACGGUGAGAUUCCCGGCGAGAUUGGGCAGUGCGCCAGCCUCGAGCAGCUCGAUCUCAGCAACAACACUCACAUCACCGGGAGGAUCCCUCCGGAGCUCGGGAACUGCGCAAACAUGACGUUCAUCGACUUGAGUGUCAACCAGCUCGAGGGGGGCAUCCCUUCCUCGAUCACAAGGAUGGUGAAGCUGGAGAUUCUCGUGCUCUACCAGAACAAUCUCACUGGAGAGAUCCCCCCGGACAUUGGCAGGCUCACGAUGCUCCAGAACUUGCAUCUCUUUAGCAACAAGAUGAACGGGGAGAUCCCCGCUGGGAUCGGCAGCCUGGUCCAUCUCGACGUGCUCAUCCUCCAGGAGAACCAGUUCACCGGCGGCAUUCCUCCCAGCCUUGGAAGGUGUGCCAACCUCUCGACUUUGCUCCUCGGGACGAACAACUUGUCCGGGAUCAUACCGCGAGAGCUCGGGAACUUAACCAGGCUCCAGUCGCUCCAGCUGUUUGAUAAUGGCUUCUCGGGAGAGCUCCCCGCCGAGCUUGCCAACUGCACCCGCCUGGAACAUAUCGACGUCAACACAAACCAGCUCGAGGGCCGGAUUCCUCCGGAGCUUGGAAAGCUGGCCAGCUUGUCGGUUCUACAGCUCGCGGACAAUGGUUUUUCUGGCAGCAUUCCAGCCGAGCUCGGUGACUGCAAGAACUUGACCGCCCUCGUACUCAACAUGAAUCACUUGUCUGGAGAAAUCCCUCGGAGUUUGUCGGGGCUGGAGAAGCUAGUGUACGUGGACAUCUCGGAGAAUGGUCUUGGUGGUGGGAUCCCCAGAGAAUUCGGGCAGCUGACGAGCUUAGAAACCUUCCAAGCGAGAACCAACCAGCUCAGUGGAAGCAUCCCCGAGGAGUUGGGCAACUGCUCUCAGCUGUCCGUCAUGGACUUGUCGGAGAACUACUUGACCGGAGGAAUUCCUUCGCGAUUCGGGGACAUGGCUUGGCAGCGCCUCUACUUGCAAAGCAACGAUCUCAGUGGACCACUUCCGCAAAGACUCGGAGAUAACGGGAUGCUGACAAUCGUACACUCUGCAAACAACAGCCUCGAAGGAACCAUUCCUCCCGGACUUUGCUCGAGCGGUUCCCUGUCCGCGAUCAGCCUCGAGAGAAACAGGUUGACCGGGGGGAUCCCUGUGGGCCUGGCGGGUUGCAAGAGCUUGCGGCGGAUUUUCCUCGGCACGAACCGCCUCUCGGGAGCUAUCCCCCGCGAGUUUGGCGACAAUACCAACUUGACUUACAUGGACGUCUCGGACAACAGUUUCAACGGAUCCAUCCCGGAGGAGCUCGGCAAGUGCUUCAGGCUGACGGCGCUUCUGGUGCAUGACAACCAGCUCUCUGGCUCCAUUCCAGACUCUCUCCAGCACCUCGAGGAGCUCACGCUUUUCAACGCGUCGGGGAACCAUCUCACUGGCUCCAUCUUUCCUACCGUCGGUCGGCUCUCGGAGCUCCUCCAGCUAGAUCUCAGCCGCAACAAUCUCAGUGGAGCGAUACCGACAGGCAUCAGCAACCUUACCGGGCUGAUGGACCUCAUCCUUCACGGAAAUGCGCUCGAGGGAGAGCUGCCAACUUUCUGGAUGGAACUGCGGAACUUGAUAACUUUGGACGUGGCGAAGAACAGGUUACAGGGUCGGAUUCCCGUCCAGCUUGGCUCGUUAGAGUCUCUGAGCGUUCUGGAUCUUCACGGAAAUGAGCUCGCCGGCACGAUUCCACCUCAGUUGGCUGCGUUGACGAGGCUGCAAACGCUGGAUCUGUCCUACAACAUGCUCACCGGAGUGAUACCGUCCCAGCUCGACCAGCUGAGAAGCUUGGAGGUUCUUAACGUUUCUUUCAACCAGUUGAGCGGACGUCUCCCGGAUGGAUGGCGAUCGCAGCAAAGAUUCAACAGCUCCUUUCUGGGAAACAGUGGCUUGUGCGGCUCGCAAGCUUUGAGUCCUUGCGCCAGUGACGAGAGCGGUAGCGGGACGACGAGGAGAAUACCGACGGCAGGACUUGUGGGAAUCAUCGUCGGCAGCGCGCUCAUAGCCUCGGUGGCGAUCGUGGCAUGCUGCUACGCGUGGAAGAGAGCGUCGGCGCACAGGCAGACCAGCCUCGUCUUCGGCGAUCGUAGGAGAGGGAUCACGUACGAGGCUUUGGUCGCCGCGACGGACAACUUCCACUCGCGCUUCGUCAUCGGACAGGGUGCCUAUGGGACGGUCUACAAAGCAAAGCUGCCAUCCGGACUGGAGUUCGCCGUGAAGAAGCUCCAGCUCGUACAGGGUGAAAGAAGCGCAGUGGACGACCGAAGCUCCCUGCGCGAGCUUAAGACCGCUGGCCAGGUGAAGCACCGGAACAUCGUCAAGCUCCACGCCUUCUUCAAGCUCGACGACUGCGACCUCCUGGUGUACGAGUUCAUGGCGAACGGGAGCCUGGGAGACAUGCUCUACAGGCGGCCCAGCGAGAGCCUCUCGUGGCAAACGCGCUACGAGAUCGCUCUCGGGACGGCGCAGGGCCUGGCGUACUUGCACCACGACUGCUCGCCGGCGAUCAUCCACAGGGACAUCAAGUCCAACAACAUCCUCCUCGACAUCGAGGUGAAAGCCAGGAUCGCGGACUUUGGCCUCGCCAAGCUCGUGGAGAAGCAAGUGGAGACGGGCUCCAUGUCGUCCAUCGCCGGAUCAUACGGCUACAUUGCUCCUGAGUAUGCCUACACGCUGCGAGUAAACGAGAAGAGCGACGUCUACAGCUUUGGCGUCGUCAUUCUGGAGCUUUUGGUAGGAAAGUCGCCGGUGGACCCGCUGUUCUUGGAAAGGGGCCAGAAUAUAGUGUCUUGGGCAAAGAAAUGCGGCAGCAUAGAGGUACUGGCGGAUCCCUCGGUGUGGGAAUUCGCGAGCGAGGGUGACAGGAGCGAGAUGUCACUGCUGCUGCGAGUGGCGCUCUUCUGCACCAGGGAAAGGCCGGGCGAUCGCCCGACGAUGAAAGAGGCGGUGGAGAUGCUGAGGCAGGCCAGAGCCACGGGGGCGAGCUCCAAAAGCAGCCGGCGCGGGGCCCCAUCGCCAGCAAAAUUGGAUUCGGACGACUCCAGAGUGCUGCUGUGACGAGAUCGGUGUCCUGUCCCCUUGAACUUUUCAAACAAAAGUUGACGGGGAUGA